GACGAUUUGACCAAGAUUUGACGUUGCUUGUUUGGUUAUUGUCAAUUAUUAUUCCUUUCGUUUUAUACGAAGUGUUAAUAUGAAAAUAAGUAAUUUACACGUUUUGUGAGAAAAUUGUUGAGAUUAUCUCUCGACUUAUAAAUAGAUUACGAUGGAGGCUCCGUCAAUGGACACUGUUUACCAGGCCAUCAGUGCUUUAUACGAUAACCCCAAUGCAAAUGAAAAGGAAAAGGCAUCGCUUUGGCUCGGAGACGUCCAGAAAUCUAUACACUCUUGGAAGAUAUCGGAUCAACUAUUACAAGAGAAAAAAGAUGAACAAUCCUACUACUUUGCCGCACAGACCAUGAGAUCAAAAGUACAACAUAACCUCUCAGAACUGCCCUCUGAGAGUCUGGUGUCCCUUCGAGAUUCUUUAAUCGCCCACCUGGAAAAUGCAGCAUCUGGUACAAGUAACGCUAUACUCACACAACUCUCGCUGGCUCUGGCAGACUUGGCUCUACAAAUGCAGAAUUGGCAAAAUUGUGUUAGUGACCUCAUAAAACUGUUUUCAACAAAAAAUGAAUUUGCAUUGCUAGAAAUAUUGACUGUGUUGCCUCAAGAAAUCGACUCGCCGAAUUUGAAAUUAGGUGAAAAUCGGAGAGAAGAGAUAAAAAAUGAGCUAAGAGCUACCUCUAAUUUAGUUUGUUUAUUUUUAAAGGAAAGCAUAGCAAACUCUCAGAAUUCACAGAUAUCAUUGAAAAUAGUUAAAUGUAUGACAUCAUGGAUCCAGGUGCGGGCUGUGCAUAUAGAGGAGAUACCCCAGAAUGCGGUGAUAGGCUUUUGUUUGCAGGUACUCAGAGAUUACAAUUCAAUAAAUUUGCUGCAUGAUGCGGCUUCCGACUGCAUUUGUGCUUUAUUGCAUUGUUUAGAAGAAAACAAUAAUAAUGAGGACAUAGAAAGGUUGUUAUUUGACAAUAUAGCAUCGUUAGAGGAAAGCUAUCACUUGGCAGUGGCCCAUGAAGAAGAAGAGAAGGCUGUAAAUUAUGCUAAAGUGUUCACAGAGCUAGCGGAAACAUUUUUAGAGAAGAUAGUAUUCUGCACAGCGAGUGGACGAGUUCAUUUUGCUAUGAGGUCACUAGAAUUAGCACUUGUUUGUGUUGGACAUCAUGAUUAUGAGGUAGCGGAAAUAACCUUCAACUUGUGGUACCGACUGUCAGAGGAAGUAUAUCAGAGAGAUCAGCAGCCCCUAACUGAUGCCUUCAAGCCGCACAUUGAGAGGCUUAUUGAAGCCCUGGCCCGUCACUGCCAGCUCGAGCCUGACAACACCAAACUGCCAGAUGAGGGUGACGAGUUCUAUGAGUUCCGGAUGAAGGUGAUGGAGCUGAUCAAGGAUGUGGUGUUCAUGGUGGGGUCGAGCGCGGUGUUUCGGCAGAUGUUCGCGGCGCUGCAGGCGGAUUGCUCCUGGGAGCACACGGAGGCGGCGCUCUUCAUCAUGCAGGCCGUCGCCAAGAACAUCCUCCCGGACGAGGAGGAGUAUGUGCCCAAGGUGGUUGAGGCCAUUCUGUCGAUGCCG